AGAUGUAUCACUUAACAUAUGUAUCACUUCUUCCCUCUUCCUCUCUUCCUCUUCCAUUCAGUUGCCAGCACCAGUGAACGUAAGGGUUCAUGGCAGCCCUUCAGCCGUUGGCUGCGGGGCAAGAACUAUCUCCUACAACAAAAAAAUCUUUCUCUCAGCUCUUCUCACAGCCGGCGAAAUCUCCAAUCCAGAUUCGGCAGGCAUCUGUUUACAAGGGUGAAGCUGCGGUUGUUUUUUCCAGAGUAGAUGCGGACAGACUUGCGGCGCCAUUUAGAUGGACUUUGGUUGGUAAAUUUUCUCACGAACGACCUUCUUUGGAAGAUACUCGAAAGUUUUUUGCUUCUUUAAACCUGAAAGACCAAGUCUCCAUUGGAUUGUUGGAUUAUAGGCAUGCUCUCAUUAAGUGCACCGCUGAAGUAGAUUUUAACAGAAUUUGGACAAGAGGAAUUUGGCAAUUGGGCAAAUAUCCAAUGCGUGUGUUUCGACGGACCAGAGAAUUUCAUGUGCAUACGUAUAGGGAGUCAUCUCUAGUACCGGUUUGGAUAGUUCUUCCGUCUCUGCCUAUUCAUUAUUCUGAUAAACACUCUUUGUUUUCCAUACUGUCUCCAGUAGGAAGACCAUUGUUCCUAGAUUCGGCAACGGCUGCUGGGACGCGUCCUAGUGUGGCCAGGGAGUGCGUGGAGAUUGAUGUAGCGAAGCUUGUCGUGCCAAGGGUCUGGGUUGCUGUCAAAGAUGAAUCUGGUUUCUGGCAACGUAUUGUGCCAGAGAACAUCCCUCCGUAUUGUUCAUUUUGCUCGCGAUUAGGACAUUCUCAUGAGGAGUGCAAGAAGAAUUUGAAUAAGGUUGGGUCUCGGCAUCAGCUUAAACAACCCAUGAAGAUGCAGCAAGGUCCACAGUUAGAUGGAAAUCCGGUGGUUAAUCUUCAACCUGCAAGUAACCCAGCUGCUAACGCGAACGAAACAGCGGUGACUGUGGCUGCUUCUCACAAAGCGCGAAUUACUGCUACGGUGGACGAAGGAGAAAAUCUACCAGGUGUAACGGAGAAAGUCGCUGGGUCUGCUUUGCAAGUCGAGGAAGGGGAGAUAAUUGUUCAGCAAGAUUGCGUUAUUGAUGAUGAUCACGCUGCUGUAGUGGGAGAAGUAACCCAAACUAAAACCUCUGAUGUAAAUGGAUACAUGGAUACUAGUAAUGGGAAGGAUGCGGCAUUGCAUGGGGAACAUGGAGUAAUGGGAAACCAGCUGGAGGAGCACCAUGGUCUUCAAAGUGAAGGGACCCAGCUUCUAAUGGAGAAGUCUUUGAGCACCGAACAUGAGCAGCUGGCCGACAUCAAUGCUUUAAGCAUUGAACAUGAGAAUCUGGCCGACAACAAUGCUAGCGUUGCAUGAGCAGCUGGCCGACAACAAUGCUUUGGAGAAUCUCUAUGCUGAAUUGCGUUGGGUUGAGGAUGCAGCUUCCACACAACAUGGGGUAGAUGUAUUUAACUUGCCUAUUAUUCACUACAAGAAUUUUGGUCUGGUGUGACAACAGAAAAAGUUGUCACUGAAAUGGGCCCUAUAGUGACUACUUACAAUGUUAUCACAAUGUGGUUACAGGUUCAAAGUUAGUGACAAAAAUUAGCCAUCACUGUCUAAAGUAAUUGUUCCUAACUCACUUUUAUUAAUUCUA